UGUCAUACUAAAGUCGAUUGACGCUAAUAUCUGUAUAAUUAAACAAGUUGAUCAGCUUUAUGCUAAAACAUAUUUCAGUUCUAAUCGAGAAUUUGAAGCGUACACGUACAUUCUUGUGUGUGUUAAUUAUAAUUUUUCAUAUAUAUUAUGGCGUUCGAGUGGAUUCAAGCAACUCCAUGCGAUGCGCCCGAACUCUCGGACAGAGCUGUCGUUGCAGGUUAUGAAGGUUAUGAUUGUAGCCCUCUUUGGGUGAUCAGAGCCUGGCAUGCAGAGGAUUUGAUACCUGGAAAACUGGCCGUUGCACAUGGUGCCGCUUAUGUUCCUUGGGGUGGUCUAGAAAACGCAGUACAAUGUAUUGAGGUGUUAUGUGCUCGUCCAGAAGAUGUGCAAUGGCUAGAGUGCAGUUGUGGUACAGUGCCACCUAAUGCUAUUGAAGGUGGCAGAACAUCAUCUGGAGAAGUUUUAUAUAUAGGCAGAGCUAGUCAGCAGGGCUCAUUGACACCAGGCAAGGUCCAACCUAGCCAUCAAUCGAUGUACAUGUCUUUUGAUGGAAAGGAAAUACCACAUCAUGUCUAUGAAGUGUUAUGCACCGUUUAAAAGGUAUAAAGGUGUAUACUUAUAUUACUCAUAUUAUAUUAUGUAUAUCGUCUUAUGUUAUCAUGCUGCAUUGAAACACUGUUUAUACAAUAUUAUGAUAUUUUAAUUAAUGUAUUUGGCAAUAUUUCCCUCCGCAACAUUACGGUUUCGUGGAUUUGGAUUUUUUUUAACAAUGUUAAAUGUAAUAAACUUUGGGGCAUUCUUUCUAAAUAUGAGAUCAUAGGUGCUCCAUUUUCCGCUGUACAGUUUAUAUGUAACAGUGAAUAUGUGCUGAUGGGUAGCAAUAUAACUAGCGUCAGAUAGGUUUGCAUACCGUCAGCCAAAUUGUUCUCUUAUAUAUGGACAAAUAUCUCAAAAGAUUGAGUAGUAUAAAUGUGGAAGUAUGGAUCUAGUAGUUAACUGUCCCUGUGAGAUGGUGCAAUCCUAGUUGCUCCAUUUGAAACUGAUCUACGAACCCUAGUCACUGUAAUGAAAUACGAUUCCAUGGGCUGAGGGGGGCAAUAGAAAAUGAAAAUAAUAACUAAUCUUUGAAUGGGUGAAUUCCAAAAUCAUUGCGAGAAUUGUAGUAUAAUAAUGUUUUGAUAGAACAUGUGGAUGAAAUUAUAUGUCUUAGAUCGCAGAUUGAGUGAGGGUAGGAAACACACUGAUAUAGAAACAAGAGCGAAUGUUGGGAAUAAAAUGAAUGGUGUGAUAGGGAAACCAUAUUCGACAAAUAUAGUUUAAGCCAAAAGGUACAGUUGGCCACGUGUAAUUCCAUAGUUGUCCCCAACUUGUACAGUUGUUAAAUUUUAGUAUGUAUGCAAGCAUAACGCAGUAUAUACUUACGUCCGAAUUAAAACGGAAGUAUCGGUGUUAUUAUAAGAAAGGGCGUGUUUUAUUAGUUCAAACAUGUCGAUCGAAACCUAUAGCACUCGAUACUCUCUGCCACCCCGUAAGAUACUUAGCGUGAAGAUGUAUAGAACUGGCAAUGUGUAUUUAAGGGAGGUGAAAUUAUUACUAUUUUGAUUUAUAUUGUUAUUAUAUUUUUUUAUUAUUCUUCCAAAUGUUUACUCUCAAUCAAUAAAUUGUAAUAAACAUAUUUAUUUUCUA